AUGAAUUAUCGCCGCAAGUUACUUUCAAUUACCAUCGCUAGACCUACGCCACUGGUGUUUGUUGACCUGCCGAAAGUCUACAGAGUCAUGUCAUGUAACCCCCACGCCAAGUACUUAGCAGACGAAAAAGCAGAAAAAUUCCCUCAUCUAUUUAGAACGGAGUGA